AUGGCUGACAACAACCAAGAAGAGAUAGAACUUUCGGAUGUAGAUUUUGAAGAUGAUGAGGAUGAUGAAUUGGAAUGUGAACUUGCUGUUCAAUCUGAACAACCACGGAAAAUACCAUCGCAUAAUAUUAAAUAUGCUAAUGUAGUACCUGAUGAACCUUCAGAAAAUCUCUUCAGCAAACAUCCAGCAAGUAGUCACCGGAAUGAAAGCUGUGGCACAAAAUCAGAUGCUGAGGAAGAAAAAUCAGACAAACUGAAGGACGCAGAGCAUGAGAAACCCACACACCUGUCAAAACCUCAUUCUGGAAACCCAGAAAGCACAGAUGAGAAGAAGAUGGAAUUAAAUUUAGUACCAAAUAAAUCUGAUGCAAAGUCCGAACAGUCACUCAGUACAAGUCCCAAAAGACUGCUGAGAGUGAUACCGGCAGAAGGAAGUCUGGAACCUGAAACAGAUGCGACAUUCCCGAUGUGUGUGCCUAAAAUAAAAUCUGAAUCGCCUGAUGAUGAAGAAAUUGAG